GGGGAGGGAACAUAAUGUUGAACAUCCUCUGCCCGAAGCAGCUAUGACCUAACUCCGUGAUGACGAUUGCCGCUAAAGACUCAGCCUUAUUAUACAGACACGGCGUUACACAAAUACCGUACACUGCUCCAAGCCAAAGACCGAAGACGGAGCCGAAAAUGACUACUACUUGCAAAUAAUUCCCAUUUUUUUCUCCGAAACUCAAAACUUUUCAUUUGAAGAGCGUUUCAUGGAUUUUUGAUGAAAUUUAACCGUGCAAUUCUCAGUAUUAGCUUUAGAGUGCAUUUCUGUGUAGCGCUGUCAACUCUGCGAGUGUGAAUGUUCAAAUUCCUUUUUGCAAGUUAGUUAUCAUGGGAUCAGCUUGUUGUGUUGCUGCAAAGGAUCAUACUAUUCCCAGCACUAGCAGAACUGGAGGUGAAAGUUUAAAUAGAAAUGCUGUAUGUUCGCCAUCAUGGAGUUUUCGUUGGGAUAGUUGGGGCCGUGUUGCUGGUGAAAUUGAGGAUCCUUCCUUUCACACAUCUCGCAGAGUCAGCAGAAAUGUCAGCAUGGAGUUAAAAGGGUCAUUAAGUUCUGAAAGAGGCAAUUUAUCUGAUUGGGGAAGCACCCUGGAUAAUUCUGUAACACCUUUGUCUCUGAAGUCCCCUGUUCGUGAGCAUUUGGUUACAAGUCAGAUGACUCCAUCUUCAGAUCUAUCCAUGUCAAGUAAUUGCUCUGCAGUGGUGAAGAAUCUGAUUGAAUCACCAGAGAUUGCAGAAUCUUCAAUACCAAAUCGUUCAGUACCUUCAGUUUUCUCAAUCCCUACGACAGAUCCAAUGACUAAUCAUAAUUAUCACAAUCUUCCUAACUCAACACCAUCCAGAUGGGCUCAUUGUUCUCCCGGACACCCACUGUUAACACAAAUUUCUGAUAGUCGAAUUCUGGGUCUUAAAUCACCUGACAACUCAAUUUCUGAAGGCAGGCCAUCAUUUGUACUCUCCAACUGUAGCAAUGAUAUGGCAACAGGAUCCCAAUGCGGGUCCUCUGAUGGCUGGUCUAUGCGCACCUUUUCUGAAAUGGUGGCCCCAUCUCAAAAGGAAAGGUGGUCUUUUGAUAGCGAGUAUUCAGGUUCAGGACGUCACAAGAUAAGUGGAACUAGUAGCAGGUUCUCGUAUUCCCCCUCCAUGGAUUUACAAUCUUGUGGGGCUUGCUCGAAGCUCUUGACCGAGAGAUCUGCAUGGGGCAGCCAGAAAUUUAUUGCCAGCAGUGACCUCUCAGUUGUUGCUGUACUGGUCUGUGGUCAUGUUUAUCAUGCGGAAUGCUUGGAGACUAUAACACCAGAGGCAGAUAGUUAUGAUCCAGCUUGUCCAAUUUGUAUGGUUGGAGAGAAGCACAUGUCAAAGUUAUCCAAAAAAGGUUUUAGGACUGAAUCAGAGACAAAGGCCAAGAAUUACAAAAUAUCCAGAAACCGAGUAGUUGAUAGCUACGUUGAUGGUGGGAUAGAUGUUUUUGAUCGCCUCAAAGAUAUAGUUUCAAAGAUGGAGCCCAGUAGCUCCAGUACAACGAGUUCAUUUGGAAAACCCUUCUUGAGGCGCCAUUUUUCGUUGGGAUCUAAGUGGAGCCGGUCCCUAUUGGAGAAUGAUUCUGCCAGGAAGAAGGGCUUUUGGGCAAGAUAUCGCAAAGACUGAGCUCCCCUAGCCAUAGCUUUUAGUCGCACGAGCUCUUCAAUUAUACUAGUAACACCAAGUUAGAAUUUAAUAUUUUCUAUGCAGUCUAGCUUUAGUAAUAGUUUAGAUUUAUUUCAAAUUUUAUUUUAGCUUGUCACCAGAAGUUCUAACCAUGUUGACGUGGUUCAUAUUAAUUGUAUGGAUGAAGCGUCUUUUGGCAGAAUCAGAGCCUUAGCAAUGACGAACACAAGGAUGCGAAGGAAACAAAUACACCACCUGUAUUAAAUGUUGUAACACAAGCUUCACUCGUGUCUCAACAUUGACUCUAGCUGUGGUUGCUGCACUGCCUGCUUGAGGCUUAAAAAUGAUACCCUGUGAUCAGUGAUUUUUUUCAUUCUA